CUCCAUCGUUACUUCCACACCAACAAAUACCUCAAAACAUCCCCUUCAAUGGCGGCCUCCACUUCCCUCGCUUUCUUCUCCUCUAUUCUCUUCCUCCUCUUCUCCAUUUCCAUCGCCAAAACCUCUUUCCGCCCCAAAUCCCUCGUUCUCCCCGUCACCAAACACCCAUCUCUCCAAUACAUCACCCAGAUCCAUCAACGAACUCCUUUGGUUCCGGUGAAGCUCACGGUGGACCUUGGCGGGCAGUUCAUGUGGGUCGACUGUGACCGUGGCUACGUUUCUUCCACCUACAAGCCUGCCCGUUGCCGCUCUGCCCAAUGCUCCCUCGCCUCUAAAUCCAGUUCCUGCGGCCAGUGCUUUUCGCCGCCCCGCCCCGGCUGCAACAACAACACUUGCGGCCUUUUCCCCGGAAACACCAUUAUCCGCCUCUCCACUAGCGGAGAAGUUGCCUCCGACGUCGUCUCUGUUUCCUCCACCGAUGGCUUCAAUCCAACCAGAGCCGUGUCGCUGCCGAACUUUCUUUUCGUUUGUGGCUCAACGUUUCUCCUCGAAGGCCUCGCCGGCGGCGUAACUGGAAUGGCCGGAUUUGGCAGAACCGGAAUCUCUCUGCCUUCACAAUUCGCUGCCGCUUUCAGCUUCAACCGAAAAUUCGCCGUUUGCUUGAGCGGCUCCACCAGAUUCCCUGGCGUCAUAUUCUCCGGGAACGGCCCAUACCAUUUCUUACCCAACACCGACUUAACAAAAUCCCUCACUUAUACCCCACUUUUCAUCAACCCGGUCAGCACCGCCGGCGUCUUCUCCGCCGGAGAAAAAUCCGCUGAGUAUUUCAUCGGCGUUAAAUCAAUCGUCAUCAACUCCAAAACCGUCCCACUCAAUACGACUCUCCUCAAAAUCGACAGCAACGGAAAUGGCGGUACAAAAAUCAGCACGGUGAAUCCAUACACCGUAUUGGAAUCGUCAAUUUACAACGCGGUGGUGAAAACGUUCACGACGGAGCUGUCGAAAGUUCCGAGAGUGGCGGCGGUGGCGCCGUUUGGGGUUUGUUAUAAUUCAAAGAGCUUUUCAAGUACCCGAUUGGGGCCGGGCGUGCCGUCGAUUGAUUUGAUUUUGCAGAACAAGAAAGUGAUUUGGAGAAUCUUCGGUGCGAAUUCGAUGGUGUUCGUAAACGACAACGUUUUGUGCUUGGGAUUUGUUGACGGAGGAGUUGAACCAAGAACAGCGAUUGUUAUUGGGGCCCACCAAAUUGAGGAUAAUUUACUUGAAUUUGAUCUAGCCACUUCAAGACUUGGAUUUAGCUCAACUUUACUGGGUCGGAUGACUACUUGUGCUAAUUUCAACUUUACUUCUAAUGCUUGAUUAAUUAAAAUUAAGCUUUUAGUUAAUCAAAAUGGUGAAAGUCCCAUCAAAUAAAUGUUGCUACUUUUGAGGGUUUGUAUUGUAUUUUUAUUAUUGAAUAAUUGAUGCUUCUUUAUUUUAAAAAAUAAACUUUGUUGUAUUUAUUGAUUGGAUAAUGGAUGGUGCUCUGCA